UUGGCAUUCGGCUGGAAUGUUUUGUUGUUCAUAAAGUUGCAUUUUUAUUGUUAGUGUAUAUUGUAUGUUAUUUGCAUUUGCAAUAUUUGUGAUUAAAUAUAAUUGCAGUUUAAUGAGUUCGCUGUUGAUAUAAUAUCCACAACAGAAGUAGCAAAACAACAGCAAGCAAGAAGCUUAAAAAGCGAUGGAACGCGGGAGCAAUUUCCCCAAUGGCGCUAAUGCGGCCUCGGCCAUGGCCACAGCUACAGCAACAACACCAACAUCAACGACAACAUUCACAACUACAGCAACGGCGGCUGUGCCACCGAAAAGAAAAACAACAAUGGAACUGGUGCAACAACGUUUCAAGUCGGAUGAAGAAGUUCAGUUGAUCUUUGAAGCAUAUCAAAUUAUAGGACAGGAGCAUGUCGAGGGUCUGCUCACAUUGGUUUCAUCCUCUAAGGGCGGCACAUAUGCGCUCGUUUCUUUCACUCUCCUGCGCACACCACUGACUGUGAGCAACGAUUUGAAAAUAAACAAAGUAUUUCCGAUAAAUAAAAGUUUCCAACUGACAAAGGAUGCCAAGAGUUCCAUAACGCAGCAACAGUUUGAUUUGUCAACAGAUGACGAAAGGCCAAUCAAAUAUUAUUAUCACCCCAUUAAAACGGACAUGGAAUCGGUUGAUUACGAGGAAUUCGUUGCUCAUAUCUAUUCCUGCAAAAAGUCUAUGUCGAGUGCUGAAACACAUGAGGAAAAAGUGCUGAACUUUCGGUGGCUCGAUGACUAUCGUGAAAUUGGAGAAGUGAAGCAGGAGCUAAAGAAGCGUGAAAGUCAAUAUAUCGUCUACAGAGAUAUUACCAUUUAUUGUGCCACCUGGAAUGUGAACAAUCGACCAUGUUGGGAGAACACCAGCUCACUGCAACCUUGGCUGGCACGAGGCGAAAAUGCACCACAUAUUUACGCCAUUGGAUUGCAGGAGUUUGAAACAAUUACCAAAAUCAUGAUGCUCAAUAGCAAUCAACUGCAAAUGUACACCUCACAGUGGAUACGCAAAAUGAUGGAGAACCUGCACACUGAGAAUGGCAUUGAAUACGAGGAGUUGAUGUCGGUUCGCUUGUCUGGCAUCAUAUUAGCCAUCAUUGUGCGAAAGCAGCUGCGUCCACACAUUCUCCGCUGUUGCAUCCACAAGGUGCCACGUGGAUUCUUGAAUGCAGUCGGCAACAAGGGCGGCGUUGGUGUCAGUUUGCAAUUGAAUGAGGCAAAUCUAUGCUUCAUUAACUCACAUCUGCCCGCGCAUAUGGAGAAUAUUACGGCGCGCAACGAAGACUACGGAAUUAUUGAGAAUGACAUGCGAUUCGAGGAAGAGGGUCGACCAUUUCGCACUAUCAGCGAUCAUGACCACAUAUUCUGGUUGGGAGAUCUCAACUAUCGCAUACAGGAGCCGCCUGGAUAUCAGCGCCCGGGGCCGAUGAGUGAUGCGUCAACCUUUGAGCAACUCUUGCAAUACGAUCAGUUGCGCAAUGAGAUGCGACAUGACCGAUGCUUCAGGGGCUACAUGGAGGGUGAUAUCAAAUUUGCACCCACAUAUAAAUACGAUGUGGAUACCGAUACGUAUGACACGUCCGAAAAGCAACGAGCUCCAGCAUAUUGUGAUCGCGUAUUGUGGAAGGGUAAACGCAUAGAACAGUUGGACUACAACAGCGUCAUGGAGAUAAGACAGAGCGAUCAUAAGCCCGUCUAUGCCAUAUUUCAAGUGCAGAUUAAGACACGCGACGAGGCCAAAUACAAACGAGUACAGGAGGAGGUGCUCAAGGCGGUGGAUAAGCGUGAGAAUGACAAUCAACCCCAGAUUCUUGCAUCAAAGACCGUCAUUGAUUUUGGUCUCGUACGCUUCAAUGAGCACUCCACGCGUGACUUUAAUGUCUAUAACAAUUGUUCGCAACAGGUGGACUUUAAGUUUAAAGUGAAGGAUGCACCAAUUAAUGACAUUUGCGAGAAAUGGCUGCGAGUGGAUCCAUGCUCCGAUAGUCUAAUGAUUGACUCGGAACGCAGCAUACAGCUACGCAUGUUGGUCGAUCCAAAUUCCAUAACGGGACUGCUGCGAAAGAUGUGUAUGACUAGGGGCAAAUGCGAUUUUGAUAUACUCAUCUUGCAUGUGGAGUCGGGACGCGACAUUUUCAUCACUGUGACUGGCGAAUAUCAACCGUGUUGCUUUGGCCUCUCCAUGGAGACAAUGUGCCGCACGAAUCGACCUAUUUGCGAAUACAGGCAGGAGGAAAUCAAGGAACUGAUGAAUGAUGUGUCGCCUGAAUAUCGUGUGACGAUGCCACGGGAAUUCUUUCUACUCAUCGAUUAUCUGCACAAGCAAGGAGAUCGAUUGCGCGGCAUAUUCCAAAGUUACGAUCGCCGGAAGGCACUUAGUGCAAAGUUUAAUGAUGUACGCGAUUGGCUCGACACUUGGUCCGAGGCUGAGUUUCCUGGAACACCAGAAACAGCCGCCGAGGCUUUGCUGUUGCUGCUCGAUUUGCCCGAUCAGGCGCUGUUGGAGCCAUUUGUGAAAGAUCUACUAAUCAGUAAGAGUAAAUCAGAGGCCAUGGAGCUGAUAGCGUUGCUCAGUCCGCCGAAGCGUAAUGUCUUUAUGCAUCUCUGCAUGUUUCUGCGCGAGGGAAUUGAGCGUCACGAUUACGAGCUAUCUAAUGUUGCUUCGAUAUUCGGACGAAUUCUAUUGCGCAGCAGCGAAUACGCUAUGACGAUAGAUUAUGCGAAUCGUUGCAGUGAGUUUAUGCGGCGCUUUAUAUACAUCGAAACAUCUGAUGCAAUCGUUGGUGGCAAUGGACAUGGAGGUGCAACCGGACCCAGUUUGCAGACAUAGUCGUUGACUCGAUCGGCCUAGACGUAAAAGAAAUUACAUUAUAUACAGACCGUAAUAUGGAUGUAAAUUAGUUACUUAUUUAUUUUAAUUGUAAUUUGGAAUGUAUUUGCCUAGUUUAUUGGUAUGCCAACCGAGUGAAUGAGUUCUAUUUCUCUGUCUCUCCAUUUUACUGUAUCUCCGUGGCUCACUCUUGAUGGCUUAGCGUUUACGUACAUAUCUGUUCUAUGCUUUACCUGUUAAAUGUUUAUGCACCUUACUAACAACAACUACAUUCAUCAUCGAUCACCAUAUUAUGUAUUAUUAUAAUAUGGCUUGCAGCCUAAAUAGGGCUUAAAACACAAAAACAAAAACUUAAAAAAAAUGCAAAUAACAAACAAAAACACAUGCAAUUAAUGUACAAUUAACGGAGUGUUAUCGCACCCCAUACUUAAUGGAAUAUGUGCUGUACAUACAAUAUACGAAAUGAUAUUUUCUGUUGUUGAUUUGUUGAUUCUAAUUUAUUCGACUAAAUAACA